GAGUGCACACUAUGCUUUACUGUUUCAACUUUCCAACUGCCAUUCUUCGUUUCAAUUCACUUCUGGAAUCUCCUCAGAAUUCGUUUCUGAUUCCAAUUCCAAGAUUCUAGCUACCGUCGUCAAUGGCGGCAAUGGCGGCGAUGGCGCCAUCUUCGUCGUUUUGCCAACCUCUGCCUGCAGCGGCCUCCGGGCGGGCCAGAAAGUCGGCGUUGCUGAUUAGGAGGAGGCAACGAGUUGUGGCAAAUUGGGGGCACUUCGCGGAUGUGGUUCGCAAGGAUGCGGAGUUCAUAAAGGUCGGGUUGAACAGAGGGAUUCGGUGGGCGAAUGAUGCUCUUCGAAUUCCGCAGGUUUCGAAGACCUUCGACGAUCUUCUGUGGCUUCGGAACCUUGAAGAUCCUCGUGCUCUUGCUCUUCCUACUCCUUCUUGCCCGCGACCUUCAUAUCCAGAACUCUCUGGUUUAGAUUUGCUCAUGGCUGAUCUUAAAGCCUUAGAAGCAUAUGUCGUUUAUUAUUAUUCUCUAUCCAAAAUUUGGUCAAAACCACUUCCUGAGGUCUAUGAUCCACAAAGUGUUGCUGACUAUUUCAGUUGCAGGCCUCAUAUAGUGUCCCUUCGAUUGUUAGAGGUAUUUUCCUCGUUUGCUUCUGCAGCAAUAAGGAUUCGAAUGUCUAGAGUGCAAAAGUUUCUGAGACCAAGCUUAGAUGGAGACAGCGAUGGAUCAAAAUCCAAAUUUGGGUUGGUGCUAAAAGAAACCCUCUUAAACUUGGGCCCCACUUUUAUCAAAGUUGGUCAGUCCCUUUCCACAAGGCCAGAUAUAAUUGGUAGUGAAAUUUCAAAGGCUUUGUCUGAGCUACAUGAUCAAAUUCCUCCUUUUCCCAGGACCAUUGCUAUGAAAAUUAUUCAGGAAGAACUAGGUUCUCCCAUAGAAUCAUUUUUCAGCUACAUCUCUGAGGAACCUGUGGCUGCAGCAUCUUUUGGUCAGGUCUAUCGUGGGAGAACACUUGAUGGCAUUAAUGUGGCUGUGAAGGUUCAACGCCCCAACAUGCUUCAUGUGGUAGUACGUGAUGUAUAUAUACUUCGACUUGGGCUUGGAUUCUUGCAAAAGAUAGCAAAGAGAAAAAGUGACCUUCCUCUGUAUGCUGAUGAACUAGGGAAAGGUUUGCUUGGGGAAUUAGAUUAUACUUUAGAGGCCAAAAAUGCAACAGAGUUUCUGGAAACUCAUUCCCGCUUUCCAUUUAUGCAUGUGCCCAAAGUAUUCAGACAUUUAAGCCAAAAGAAAGUCUUGACUAUGGAGUGGAUUUCUGGUGAUAGUCCAACUGAUUUACUCUCUGUAUCUACUGGGAAACCCAACUCACCAUAUUCAGAGAGGCAAAAAGUUGAUGCCAAAAGGCGUCUUCUUGAUUUGGUUAACAAAGGAGUUGAGGCAUCAUUAGUUCAGCUACUUGAUACUGGACUACUGCAUGCUGAUCCACACCCUGGAAACUUGCGUUAUAUAUCUUCAGGACAAAUGGGGUUUCUAGACUUUGGUUUACUUUGUCGGAUGGAGAAGAAGCAUCAAUUAGCAAUGCUUGCAUCCAUUGUACACAUUGUAAAUGGGGAUUGGGCUUCCCUUGUCCACGCUCUUGCUGAAAUGGAUGUCGUGAGGCCAGGGACUAAUAUACGACGCGUUACUUUGGAUUUGGAAUAUGCCUUAGGAGAAGUAGAAUUUAAAUCUGGAAUUCCUGAUGUAAAGUUCAGUAAGGUUAUCGGUAAAAUCUGGUCUAUAGCCCUCAAGUACCAAUUCCGCAUGCCUCCAUACUAUACACUAAUGCUACGGUCUCUUGCCUCCUUGGAAGGUCUGGCAUUAGCUGCAGAUCAAGAUUUCAAGACCUUUGAAGCUGCAUUUCCUUAUGUUGUACAGAAACUCCUUACUGAAAAUUCAGUUGCAACCCGGAAAAUAUUACAUUCGGUGGUCCUAAACAAAAAGAAAGAAUUUCAAUGGCAGAGAGUUGUUCUUUUUCUAAGAGUAGGUGCAAUGAGGAAAGGUUUGCAACGAAUGAUAGCUCCACAUAAUGAAGCAGCUAAUGAAUAUUCAACCGUUAAGGGCAACAGUGACCUUGAUGUUGUAAAUUUAAUUACAAGGCUAUUAGUUUCCAAAGAAGGUGCAGCGCUUAGAAGGCUUGUAAUGACCGUGAAUGGAGCUUCACUGAUCCAAGCAAUGGUUUCUAAAGAGGCAAAGUUAUUCCGUCAACAACUUUGCAGGAUCGUGGCUGAUAUAAUUUGCCAAUGGGCAUUUAAAACGCUAGGACAAGGCACCCGUGCUACCGAGCUCGGUACAGUUAGAAUGGAAAUUGCAUCAGACAGGAGAGGGCGAAGUAGUUCACAGUUCAUGACGGGUCAAAUAGAUUACAGUUCCAUCUUGAAUGAUCGGCGGGUCAAAUUGCUUUUCUCCAAGGUGCUCAAAUCCGCUAGCAAAAAACCAAUUUUGAUGCUCAAGUUCUAUUGGACAUCCUUCAUAAUAUUUGCAACAGCUUCAGCAAUGGCUUUUCACCGGAUAGUUGUGUCCUUGUCUGAAGCCUAUUUGGGUCCCAUAUCACUUGCUCCCAAGCAAUACGCAGUCACCUCAUGAUGAUGUAUAUAAGAACUCUGCUUACACUCCCUCCUCGGAACUAAUUCUGCAGCAACAGAUUACUCACAACACCCAAUCCAUAGCAGCCGAGUUCUGAGCAACGGCCCCCCUACCGAAAAAGAACAGAGAGAUUGCACCAAAUUUUCUGGAUAUUUAGAACUUCUAGUGCUCCAAGACUAAUAUAUAUUAGAGACGCAGAUGGUAUAGAGAACAUAUAAUAUGUAUAGAAUUUAUAGUUGCUGUAAAAACUCGGGCAUUUGUGAAUUUCUAUUCUUAAAUUUCAGAGGGUUGAAGUCCAAGAAAACGGCAGCCUUCAAAGAAUCCUGUUGUGCAA